AUGACGUUGGCUGUCAUUUUACUGAGCUCCUUCUGGCUUCCUCUCUCUGACGCUGUGGCUUCAAAACCGCAAUACAUCCUGUGGGUCUCUUGUGUGAUCCCAACCUCUUCUACAGAGAAAGCAUGUCUCCAUCUUCUAAACCUUAAUGAAUCUGUGUCCUUGAGUGUUGUCCUGGAAUACAAUGGGUCAAAUAUUACUAUUUUUGACCAGUCUGUGGAAAACGACAACUUCUAUGCUUGUGCAGAUUUCAAGGUAUCUCAGAAGUUCUCUGAGCAUUUGGCCUUCAUGACGUUGUUGGCUAAGGGAGACACUCUCAGAAUUUUUGAAAGGAGAGCAAUAGCAGUCACUCAAGAGGAAAACAUCACUUUUGUGCAGACAGACAACCCCAUCUAUAAACCUGGAGCCAAUGUUCACUUUCGCGUGGUGACAUUGAAUACCCACUUCAAACCUGUUAAUGAUUUGUAUCCUUUAAUCACAGUUCAGGAUCCUCAAAACAAUGUGAUUUUUCAAUGGCAAAAUGUGACUUCUUCCCAAAAUAUUACCCAACUCUCAUUCCAAUUGACUGCGGAGCCAAUGCUUGGAGAUUACAGGAUUGUCGUGAGGAGACCGUCAGGAACAACAGUGAUACAUCAGUUCACUGUCAAUAGAGAUGUGCUGCCCCGAUUUGAAGUUGAGGUCAAAACACCACAAACAGUAACCAUUGCAGAUGACGAAUUUCAGGUGUCUGCAUGUGCAAAGUACAUCUACGGCCAUUCUGUACAAGGAAAAGCGCAAAUCCAAGUAUGCCGGGAAUUCUUUUCAUCAACAGAUUGUGAUAAAGGCAACAAUGAAAUAUGUGAGCAAUUUACUGCACAGUUGAAAGAUGGCUGCAUAUCUCAAAGUGUAAAUACAAAAGUCUUCCAACUAUAUCGCUCUGGAUUUUUUAUGACAUUUCAUGUCAAUGUAAUUGUUACAGAAUUUGGCACAGGUGUGCAGAUCAGUAAGAAGACCUCUGUUCUAAUCAGCUCAUCACUGGGCAGUGUGCGCUUUGAGAACAUGGACCCCUUCUACAGAAGAGGCAUUUCUUAUUUUGGAACUCUUAAAUUUUAUGGUCCCAAUAAUGAACCUAUGGUGAGAAAGUUGUUACAACUUGAGCUCAAUGGCAAGUUCAUAGGAAAUUACACUACAGACGAGAAGGGUGAAGCUCCCUUUUCCAUUGACACAUCGGAGAUAUUUGAUCCACAUUUAAAUCUGCAGGCCAAGUAUGUUCGACCCAGGAGCUGCCAUCGCUCCAGCUGGUUGAUCCCGGAGUAUUCAGAUGCCAACUUCUUGGUCUUCCGCUUCUACUCCCGAACCAAUAGCUUCCUGAAGAUCAUUCCUGAGCCAAGGCAGCUUCCAUGCAACCAGCCGAAGGUUGUCACCGUGCUCUAUUCCCUGGACCAUGAAGCAUAUGAGGAGGGCUCGGCUGUCAACUUCUUCUACCUGGUGAUGGUCAAAGGAGCUAUCUACCUUAGUGGAAAAAAGGAACUCAGAAACCAAGCCAGCAAUGGAAGCUUCUCCUUCCCAGUCUCCAUCGGCAGCGACCUGGCACCCGCGGCUGUCAUGUUUGCCUAUACCCUACAUCCCAGGGGAGAAAUUGUGGCGGACAGCGUCAAAUUCCAGAUCGACAAGUGCUUUAGAAACGAGAUUAGCAUGAAGUUCUCAAAGGAGCAGGGCCUUCCUGGCUCCAAGGUGAGUCUGAGUCUUCAAGCAGCCCCUGGCUCGUUCUGUGCCCUCCGAGCUGUGGACAAGAGUGUCCUCCUGCUGAGGCCUGAGCGGGAGCUGUCAGCUCAAAGUGUAUACAACCUGCUUCCAAAUACACAACCACAUGGUUAUUUCUACCUUGGUCUCAACCUGGAUGACGGCAAAGCAGACGCGUGCAUUCCCCCUAAGCAUGUGUUCCGUGAUGGGUUGUACUACAUGCCUGUGCGCAGUGACGGGGAUGGAGACAUCUCCGGUAUUAUCAAGGACAUUGGGCUGAAAGUCUUUACCAACUUCCAUUACCGGAAGCCGGAAGUAUGUUCACAGGAGGGAAGUUUUCUCCCCAUGGAGUCUUUAUAUUACGUACAAGGAAGAACUGCACCAAUGUAUGGGGUUCCACUUACGGCUGCCGCUGAUAACUUAGACAGUGUGGACCACGCAGAGCAGACUUUCAUGGAAACAGUCAGAACAAACUUUCCCAAGACAUGGAUCUGGGACCUCAUCAGUGUUGACUCCUCGGGUUUGGCAAACCUCUCACUCCUCGUCCCCGACACCAUAACCCGCUGGGAGGCAGGCGCCUUCUGCGUCCACAGCGACGAGGGAUUUGGCAUUUCAUCGACAGUGUCUCUGCAAGUCUCCCAGCCCUUCUUUGUCGAAGUCGCCUCUCCCAUUGCGAUCGUCCGAAAUGAGCACUGUGACCUGACCGUCACCGUCGUCAGCUCCCUGAACGCUUGCGCGGAGGUUUCUGUGAAAUUAGAAGCAUCUCAGAAUUAUGAAGCAAAUGUCAAUAGUUUAAACAGCAACAGUAGUGAUAUUAUCAAGGCUGGUGAGAGGAAGACAUAUGUCUGGACUUUUAUACCUAAGAAAUUGGGGAAAGUGAACAUUACUGCGGUCGCAGAGUCCAGAGGAAAUAGCGCCUGUCCAAAUGAAGCCCCCAAGCAGCAAAACCUCCACUGGAGAGAUACGGUGGUCAGCAGCAUCCUAGUAGAGCCUGAAGGUAUUAAAAAAGAAACAACACAGAGUUUCCUUAUCUGCACAAAAGGAACCAAAACCUCGAGGCAGGUAACUUUGGAGCUACCGAGCAGUGUAGUGGAAGGAUCCGUCAGAGCCUUUUUCACUGUUGUGGGGGACAUUCUCGGAGCUGCAAUGCAGAAUCUAGACACUCUCCUCCAAACAACCUUUGGCUGCGGCGAGCAGAACGUGGCCCUACUAGCCUCUAACACGUAUGUCCUUGACUACCUGAGAGCUACUGAACAAUUGACAGAGGAAGUUUCGUCGAAGGCUCGAACCCUCCUGGCUAAUGGUUAUCAGAAGCUCUUGUCUUUCAAAAACGCUGAUGGUUCAUACCGUACGUUUUGCCAGAGGGAUCAGAAAGGGAGCAUCUGGCUCAGUGCCCUAACUUGUAAGACACUGGAGAGAAUGAAGCAAUAUAUAUUCAUUGAUGAAACAAUCCCCAAACAGACCUUAAUCUGGCUUUCAAGCAAACAGGAAAUAAAUGGGUGUUUCACAAGGAAUUACAAGCAUUUCAGCAAUGCACAGGAGGCUGGAAAUGAAGACAACGUUGCGCUCACUGCAUACAUCGUGGGGACGUUCCUUGAAGCUGGACUUAAUGCCUCUUUUCCCGCUCUGCGCAAUGGGCUAUUUUGCCUGGAGGAGGCGGUGGCCCGGGGAGUCGCCACCAGCCACACUCACGCUUUGCUAGCUUAUGCUUUUGCGUUCGCUGGAAAGGAACAGCAGGUGACAUCCUUACUCCAGACCUUGGACCGAUCCGCUACUAAAAUAAAUAAUAUGAUAUAUUGGGAAAAAGAAAAGAACCCCAAGACGGAGGAGUCCCCACCCUUUGUUCCUUCUGGCGAGACAGAGAAGACCUGCUAUGUGCUGUUGGCUGUCAUUUCCCGGGCCAUCCGGGACCUUGAUUAUGCCAGUAAGGUUGUGCAGUGGCUCGCCCAGCAGAUGAACUCCCACGGAGGCUUCUCGGCCACGCAGGACACCCCCAUCUGUCUGCUGGCCCUAACCCACUACAUGAAAAUCACUGGCUCUGCUGGGGAAAACACCAUCACCUUGAGAAGCAAAGAAUUUGAGGAGAUUUUUCGGGUUCACAGGGAUAACCGCCUCCUGGUACAGCAUUCGGAAUUAACAAGAGUUCACGGACAAUACACAGUGGAGGUAGAAGGACAAGGCUGUGCAUUUAUCCAGGCCACCAUCAAGUACCACGUGCCACUACCCAAGAAGGCAUCUGGAUUUUCCCUAUCCUUGGCAACAGUGAAGAGCAACUCUUCAGAUAUGUUCCAGCCUAAAUUUAACCUCACGGUGACCCUCAAAUACACGGGAAUCCAUAACGCCUCCAACAUGGUCCUCGUGGAUGUAAAGAUGCUGUCUGGGUUUACUCCAGUUCUGUCGUCCGUUGAGGAGCUUCAAAACAACGGCCAAGUAAUGAAGACAGACAUAAAGAAUGGCCACGUUCUUUUAUACUUGAAAAAUGUUUCUGGUACAGCGAUCAGUUUUACCUUUUCUGUGGAGCAAAGCAACCCGGUGUCCAACAUUCAGCGGGCCCCCGUCGUGGUCCGCAAUUACUAUGAGCAUGAUGAAUAUGCAUUUGAUUCUUACCUCAUCGAUAGUACUUCUGUUUCCCAAUAA